AUGCAGGAUGACAAGGAGUGGCUGCUAUUUUCAGAAAAAAAGAGCAAACAGUUAUUCUGUCUUCUAAAAGAUCUAUCAGAAGAACCGCAGAAUGCUCUUAAAGAACAAAUUAUAAAUCUACUAAAAAGCACAGUGGAAAGAGUAGAAACCAUCUACCCACGCACAGUCAGGAUAUUAGACCCAAUUCCGCUAAUUCUUCUUCUUAUUGUAAUGCGAAAUAAAGAGUAUAAAGAACUAGAAAUUCCGCUUUGUAAAAAUAUAGAGGAAAUAGGAAAAGGAACACCCCCACAUAUUUACAAGGCCAUAGGCAUAACAUGCAAAAAACUACCGAAUGAAGGAUGGAUAUAUUAUGCAGUGAAAGAUAUAGCAGGUAACAGAAGAAAAGAAGCUAAAGGAAUAGCAAAGUGCAUUCUGUCUGCGAUAUGGGAAGAUACAGCAGAUCAUCACCUACACUGGAAUACUUUGUAUAAUUAUACAUUUACUGCAUAUACUACAGAAUAA